AUGUUCACCAUGAUAAAUGCCUUUUUCCUUCCCUUGUUUUCCUGGACGCUAUAUUUCAGUGAGGACCGGGUAAUUCAGAGGCAUUUGCGUGAUGUGGCAACUGAUCUUGCUCUGCUUCAGCCUGUGUUCUCAAAAUUUCACGGUCUGCAGAGGGAUCCGGCCCUAUUCCCAGCUGUAGCUCUUGAACUCUGUAAAGGGCCUUCUGGCAGUGAUGGACUUGCUUUGUACAAGGGUCAGCCUGAGAUACUGGCGGUGAAAGCGCAGCACAACUCGGAGUCAGACUACUUAACAAGAGAUGGUCCUUCAAGCAACAGCUCCUUCUACAGCAGCGAAGGAGAGGGGACAGACCACGAAGGAGAUAUUUUGGACUGCAGUGGGUCCAGGCCUUUACUCAUGGAUUCAGAAGAGGAGGAGGAAACCUGCAAGUUGUGCCCAGGGUUCCUGCAGUCUGCGCCCAGGGAAAGACGUGAGGCUUCCAAAGAAGAUCCCCACUCCCAGUCUUCUCAGACUAGAGCAGGGGAGAUGCUGUUCCCUGCCUUCACCGGGGAGGUUUUUAACGAACCGGACGUUUUUGCCACAGCUCCUUUCCGAAGCUUGAGAAAAGUGCCUGAUGAGGUGGAUGUCUUUACCAAAGCUCCUUUUAUCUCCAAGAGCAAUGUGGCUCUUAAACAUCCAGAAGAAGCAGAUGUAUUUCUGAGAGCCCCUUUCACUAAAAAGAAAAGCAUGGAAGAGUUGACUUCCCAUAGUAUGUCUAAGGAGCCCUUCGCACCACCCGUUUUCCUAAGUCAAGGAGGCGAUGUCCAACACAGAGCUAACCCGACGUUCCCAAGCCUGGAUUCGGCAAUGCGUGGGUCCACGGCCUCGGCGAGAUCUCAGUAUCCCUCUGCCGGGUUUACUCAACCAAGCAAUCUUCAUCCCUCUUCCGUAAGGGCCACGGAGACCCAGGAGAACGUCCCUUCUAAAGGUGUGCUGCAAGAGCAGGGCAGCAUUGCCAGUGAGAGAAACCAAGGAGGACACGCACUGCCCCAGGAAGCCGUGCUGGGCUCCGUGGUUAACAAGCCGUUCCGUCCGCAGUCUUUGUCAAAAUAUUCCCGUCACUACAGUCCAGAAGAUGGGCAGGGUCUUGAAGUCAAGCCCAUAGCUGCUUACAAAGUGGUUUCUCAGACCAACAGACAG